AUCACCUGAGCUCCACCUGCUUCCCCUUUGAUUCUGGGAAAAGGUAUAAGCAAUUGCUCUUGACAGAAUUUGCAUUGGCUUGUCUCAGACGGGUGGACAGAACUUUAGGGUCAAUUUCAGAUCCUGAAACGAGAAUGUCGUCCGCCAUACCCCUGAAUUCAUUCAUCAUCCAGCUGCAACCUCCGAUACAAACAACAGCGGUUGGGACCGCCACGAAUGCUCCUGCGCCCGUUUAUGUCCAGCAGGUAGCAGGACUAUCAUCUCUUCAUGGACUUCAGGCAUUUCUGACAGGCCAACCGAAAGCUCUCGGGUCUGUCCAGAUAAUGAUUGGCCUGAUGACUCUCCUGUUUGGCAUUGUGUCAACAUUUUAUGCAGAAUCCAUCUUUGUCUAUAGUGGUAUUCCUUACUGGGGAUCCAUCAUUUACAUUAUUGCAGGAUCGCUCUGCGUUGCUGCAGAAAACAAAGUUAAUUCAGCCUCCAGUUUGUGUUUGGUGAACGGUUCACUUGGAAUUAACAUUUUCAGUGCUUUAACCGCAGGCAUUGCUCUUAUUUUACUUUCACUGGAUUUGGUUAUAGCACAGUUCAAUAUUUCCCCUUACUGCAACGAUUCUACAUGUUAUUAUGUUAAUGGAAAAUAUAAGACCCUAUUCUACGGAAUCAGAGGUGUAUUGCUGUUAUUCACCUUCCUUCAGUUUAUCAUCUCUAUCUGUUUGUCAGCGUUUGCCUGUAAGGUCUCCUGUUGCUGUUGUCCUCCUCAGGUGCCAUUUGUUCCUCAGGUUUUAAAUCCACAGCCCCCUGAUUUCAAGACCAGUAAUUUCCAUGAUCUUAAAAGUUCAGAGAUACCUGUUGUCUGCAGCUCUUCUAUGAACAACCAUCAUGUGGACAAUCUCCCAAAAUACAGUGAAUGCCAAUAAAUAAUAACAAGUGGGCAAAGUUUGGACCUGAAAGUUGUGUGUGAUGCUUUCGUAGGACACAUGGGUUAUUUGCAAUUGUUUUCUGUCCAUUAUCUUUAAUACCCUAUCAUCAUUUUAUCAGAUAAUAUUUUUUUAAACGACAUUUGUGAACAAAACAUGUUGAAGAUUAGAUGCUAUUUUGUGAUUUUCUGUCUUUUAUUAAGUUGCAUAAUCUGAUUGUUUUAAGCAACUAUAAUAGCUUAUCUGUAAAAAUAAAUGAUACAGAAUUAAAAAUUUGCUUAAAACUGA